AUGCAACCUAGCAAAUCAAGGGAGCUUCUAGAAAAGGAAAUCAUAAGCAAUGAAGUUGCCCUCCAUAACAAGCCUGACAGAGAUCUUAAGGAGUUAUGGGACCAAGCCGAGAAAAAUUUUCUCGCAAUGACGGGCAUCAGCCUCAGGGACAGGAUUGACCAGGAAAAGGCCGAAAACGGGUUCCAAACCCAGAUCAGCGCCGAGGUGAACAAAAUACUUGAGGCGGUUUUAGCAGAAGUUGCCGUCGCUGGUUGGGGAGAACACCGUGAUAUCCGCAAACGAGACAAAAUCAGGAGCAUGCUUGCGAAAGCCAAAAUUGUCUUCAAGAGGGUGUUCAGUGUGAUCUGGAAAUUCCAGGAGUUUCUCAUGCCCAUGGCCACGAGCAUUCCCUUUGUGGGGGCUGGCGUUACACUGUUGUCCAAAUCCAUCGAGUUACUUGUCGAAACGACUAAGAACUACCACGAGAUUUCGCAAGCGCGGCAGAUCUCUUUGAGCAGGUCGGUUAAAUUCCUGAGUGUUAUCCUCAAGCACGUUGUCGAUUGCGUCGCUCUCUACGUCAAAUUGACACAGGACUCGGGGAAGGCGAAAGGCUUCAAAGAGAUUGCCAAAGUUACAAAGAUGUUCUUUGAGACAAUGGGAGGUGAUGAUCAGGGAGUGGACGAGCAUCUCACACAGUUACGAAAGCUUGUAGAAGAAGAGAACAAACUGUCUUCUGCGUUGGUCCUGUCAACGGUUCUCCAAAUACACACAAACGUCCUCACGGUUCGCGAAAAUGUCGGCACUAUCAUGCACACCAUGUUAGAACCAAGCAAGAUUGGAAAGCUGAAGGAGUGGCUCCACAUCGACAGCGAGCCCUGGACUUCCCGUUAUCGCGCAUGCGCUGACCAUCGUGUGCGUAAGACAGGAGAGUGGCUGUUGCAGCAUGAUCUUCUAACGGCUUGGAUUGCCGCUGAGAACGAAUCGCAAAUCCUUGCGCUUGAGGCUGCUUCCAGUACUGGCAAGACGUAUCUUGCCAUUGCUGCAAUCGAUCGCCUCCAGAGACAUGCUAGAGACCACAAGUCCGCAGCUGUAGCUUACUAUCUACUCGAUCGUACAGCCGUCCUAUCAACUACCGGAAACGUCGUACGCGCAAUCUUGUUCCAGCUCUGUGUCCAGAACGCCCAAUUCUUCAAGCUUGCCCAACCAAUAUUGGAGGAUCCGAAAAAUAACGACAUCAAGGGCGAAGAUUUGUGGAACAGUAUUGUUCAGGAGGUAAUACGGAAGAUUCCGGACUUAACUUGCUAUAUAGUUCUUGACGGCUUGGACCUCAUGGACGAGAAAGAAUCUGGGAGUUUGCGCGAUGUAUUGCAACGCUCUGGCCCGGCAAGCUCAAGAAUCCGCUUUCUACUCACAGGUAACAGCACCUGGUUAAGCACCGUCACCGAGCACACUAGCAUCACAGCUGCCAGACUCUCGCUCCAUGAAGGGUAUCUCCAUUCAAAGGAUAUUGCACUAGUCGCGAAGGACUUUCUUUCGAGAUGCGAUCUGUUUAGACAAGCACUUAAGAACGACGACUUCCAAGCAAACGUCAGUGAGCGACUCGUCCAGAUGGCUUCAGGCGAUUACUAUAUCCUGUCCUGGUAUACUUCAAGCAUGCGCCGUGCAUCAUCACGGUCUGAAGUUGAGCGAGUCAUGAUGAGAAACCAUCAGUCUCGUCAAGAUGUUGUUUUGCACGAUCUAUCCCGUCUAGCGAAGCAGCUACCAAGGAAAGAUUUGCUGCAGCUGAAGGAAACCCUUCAUUUGCUAGCGGUCCUGAAUCAUCUGGGAGUCGCGAUGCCGCGAUUAGCGAUCGUUCAAGAUUUUGUCGCACGCGAUGAGGACCCUUCCACUGUGGUCAAGUCUACCAUAGAGUCUGCCUACUCUUGCCUGUUGACCAUAGACCAUCGCAACUACCUCGAUUUUGCCGCAAUCGAGAUUGCCAAAUACCUGCUAGUCGAUCCUCGCAAGAAUUUGGUCGCGCAUGCGCUCUUACAAAAUGGCAGCCACGCUCAACUACGAGCCAUCCAACAGUUUCUGACUGCAACUUUCACCCCAGAGGCUCUAGAUGCACAUGGUUUCAAUAAAGAGUUCUUCGAGUCUAAGGAGAAACAAAGUUCUGCGCUGUCGCAAUUCAUCGUUGAUUGGGACACCGCAAUGGCAAAUACAGCGGUAUGCUUGAUUGAGAGUUUGGGAAACUUGGAGAAAAAUGUUAAUGGUCACCGGAACGAACAGACAACCGCUAUGUCUGGAUUUGCUCGUGACUUGCUACCAGAGAUCCUCUUUCGACUUCGGACAGUCCAGCUGAAUGAUGACGUGGGAGUAAAGCUAGGCAUGAGCCUCGCAACACUUUUCCUCCAGGACGAUAUGUUGAACGUAUUCCUCCCUGUUGAAGCACAAGAGCAGACAAAUAAAAGCUGGGGCGCAAACAAGGAAUAUUUCGAGGCAGCGUUCAAGUGUAUGGAGGUCGGGCUAAUUGAAUACAAGGCAUGGACACAUGCUUUGGGUUUGAAUUUGCCAAAUAUUCAAUGUGCCGCUGACUUGAGAAGGAUCACAAGUCAAAUGAUAGCGAGAAGAUGGUUGCAAAGCAAAUCCUUCUGGGCAAGAGCAGAUAUCAGGCAUAUGUUCCGUUGGUUCACGACUACACCUGAGCUGGGAUUGCAGCGUGAUACUUGGAGGGAGAGCUAUGAAGGUUACGCCGACCCAAAUUGCACCGACUGGUUUACGCCACCCAAUUGGCACAAAAUUCUGAGUUGGGUUAAGGCUGGGAAUGUUCAAAUAACCGACAAAGCCGAUCUCGACGUUCAUACCGCGGCAAUCUUAUGUGCGUUUGGCGAUCACACAAAUGCGCCCGACGCAUUACUCUCUAAUCACAUUGGGACGGAUUGGCGGGCUGCAGUGUUGAUGGCUGAAGCGACGUCCUGGAAGGCUGGUUUUGGCCUGGAGAGAAUGGAAGCAUUUGACGCAGCGUAUGACUUUUGCGAUCAAUCUCUGAAACUCAUGAAUGACUGCAAGGCUGAGCCCCAGUCAGUGAUGAGGGCGAUCGACGACAUGCUCGAGUGGCAGUCGUAUUGGGACGACAGUUCCAAAGAGAUGCUAUUCAGAGAGUCAGCAAUCAGCAUGAUCAAGAGCAACAAUGGUGACUCAUUGUCCUGCAAGAUGGUUUCUGAUACCUUAGGAAUCGCUGUUCGCGGAAGGGACAUCGACGGUGGUUUCGAUAUCUUUAUGUCCUUCUACAAGUCUCACCGGCACCUCCUUAUCAAAACAUUCGUUCACCAGGCUGACAAGCCUUGCAACAGCUUCAUGCAUAUUGCUUUGAGCAAUACCAUCGCCAACGAUCCGGACGGCGAUCGUCUAUCCACCUUAUGUAAGGUGUAUCGGGACUCACUGGCCCUCUGCGCUGUUACAGACGUACUUUCGGAGCAACAGAAAACCCUCACGGAACUCAAACUUGGGUUUUGGCUUGGCCGGCUGAACUUCCUGCAGUCAACACAUGCCAAGCUCGAUGAGGCAAUUAAAGUUUGGGAAAGCCUCGUUCAAGACCUUCUACGUAGCCCUGCUACUGCAGAGAUUGAGCUCAUGUUGCCAAUUGUGACGCGUCUGUGCUCUGCGUAUGUCCGAAAGGCCUUGGAAAACCUGGGCACUCCGCAUAGCAUUGAUAUAGUGGCCAAGGUCGUCAGAAUACAUAUGGCUCUCGGCAACAACCAGAAGGCGCACGAAGUUCUUCGAGAACAUGCGACCCGUGGCAUUGCGAUGAUCUCUCAACGCAAUAACACGUCAUUGUCAAAUAUCGGAUGGUUCUAUCUGGCGUCGAUAUUGACGGUACUUGGCCAAGAUGUCGCCGCACGGGUGUGGACAAAAGUCGAUAUGUGGAAGCAGUAUGUUUGGAUACGCUUUGAGCAAUAUGCAGACGCAAACCUCAUGGAAGACCCUCUUCACGACGAAACGACUUACGGCCAAUUGAAAGCCAUUCAGAAAGGCGAGUAUAUUGCUUUAGACCAAUCGCCGGACGAUAACUACCUGCCUUCAUAUGCUUCGAUGGCAUGUGACGGACGCCAGUGCAAAUCUGAAUCGCUCAAUGCAGGUGAAGUCGCGCGCACUCAUUGCUCGCUGCUUACGGAUUCGGGGUACCCCGAAGACUACUGGGUUUGUCGCGAUUGCGUGUCGACAAAGCUUUGCGUUACGUGUCGUGGUUUCUUAGUAGCAGGGACGUUGCCACUCAUGGGUUGUCAGGCUGGCCAUGAGGGCGUCACUGUCAAGACUUCAUAUGAACUGUCGGAAGACGAUUUUGCUACCGUCUCGAAGCUUCAGAGAGAUUGGGAAGCUCAAUAG